UUAUUUUUUAAUGCAAACACGAUGUCGUUUAUUCUCUCAAUCCCAGAGUUCUUUGUGCUUCAUUUGGCAAACGAGUAGUGUUGCCAUUAUCAACUCGGUGACACAAAGUAACUCCAAUGGCAACUCGUGCAUUUUCAAGACUGAAAACCCCAAUCUGCACCUCGAUACUCAUUCGGAACCUAACAAGAACAUCCAUUAUACACCACUCAUUGCCUCUAAAACCCAAAGUUCCAGCAUUAGAACCCGACUACUGCAAACCCAUAUGUGGAGUUAAGCUAUACCAUGAUGGGAGACCCAGAGGACCCCUCUGGAGAGGCAAGAAGCUGAUUGGCAAAGAAGCUCUUUUUGUAAUAUUGGGGUUAAAGAGGUUCAAGGAUGAUGAAGAGAAGCUUGAGAAGUUCAUCAAGACCCAUGUGCUAAGGCUCUUGAAGAUGGAUUUGAUUGCUGUACUAUCUGAGCUUGAGCGCCAGGAAGAGGUUGCUUUGGCUGUCAAGGUGUUUAAAGUGAUACGGAGGCAAGAUUGGUACAGGCCUGAUGCUUUUCUGUAUAAGGACUUGAUUAUUGCGUUAGCAAAGUGUCAGAAAAUGGAUGACGCAAUGCAGUUGUGGGAAGACAUGAGAAAGGAGAAUUUGUUCCCUGAUUCUCAAACAUACACGGAAAUGAUAAGGGGGUUCUUGAGGCAUGGAUCUCCUGCUGAUGCAAUGAACAUAUAUGAAGACAUGACGAAGUCUCCAGAGCCCCCUGAGGAAUUGCCAUUCAGGAUUUUGUUGAAGGGACUUCUUCCACAUCCCCUUUUGAGAAAUAGAGUCAAACAAGAUUUUGAGGAGCUCUUUCCUGAACGGCAUGUGUACGAUCCUCCAGAAGAGAUCUUUGGCUUACGCUGAGGUUUGCAUUUGGUGUUUCCCCCCUUUUUUGGUAGUUAAAGAUUUUGAGAGGAAUCGAUCCCCAGAAAUGUCCCGCCACCAAGGAUGGAUGUGCUAGUUGGUCCAAAGACCAUCGCUGCAAUUGGUGCUUUGUUUUUGUAUAAUGUCUUUUUUGAGAAUAUAUAUUGGCAUAUUUAGAUAGAAUGGUAUCAAACUCCUUUGGAUACAAUUUUUUUUUAUGUAAACGAAGCUCUUUAUUGCUCAACGAGUAGGCAAGGGAUUUAUAGAUA